AUGGCGUUAAAAGCGCGCUUGCGCCAGCACUACAAGUAUUUCCUGAACAACUUCCAAACGCGAUGGUCUGAUAACGAUCAAUACGGCCACGUAAAUAAUGCCAUCUACUACCACUACUACGACACAAUCAUAAACCAAUACCUCACCACAAAAUGCUCCUUAGUCCCCACGAAAUCCGCAUCAAUAGGACUUUGCGUCCAUUCGUCAAGCGAUUACUUCAAACCCGUCGAGUUUCCGAAUACGCUAGAUCUAGCACUUGCUGUCACAAAACUGGGGAAAUCGAGUGUUACGUAUGAAAUCGGGGUGUUCGAGUCCGGGAAGGAUGAGGUUUGCGCUGUGGGGAAGUUUGUACACGUCUUUGUGGAUAGUGAGGGGAGGAGACCGGUGGGGAUUCAAGGAGACAUUAGAAGAGGGUUGGGGGAGUUGCUUGUUGAUCAUGAGAAGGGAAAUGGGGCGAAGUUAUAG